UUUAACGACCGCCCGGCAACGCUGAGGUCUCCGGGGCCCGAGGAGUCCGCAUGACCCAGCCCCCGUUAGCGCGCUCGCCCCCUUCGACGGCGCAGUCACCGCGCGGGGCGGCCGUCCGUGAAGUAGCUACCACGGCUGGGGUCAACGACUAAAGCUCCCCGGACAGCGGCGCCCUCGGCCACAGCUGGGUGGGCAGCCCGGGCUGGGAGCGGUGACUUCCGUGAGCAGCGAGAGGUGGACGCCACCUCCAGCCUGGCCCCGCACCAGCUGCCCGGCGGGCAUGACCCGAGCCUGGUCUGGCAUGCGCGGAAUGCUGCUUGAGCCCCUCUUCUGGCUGUUACCUUCGGGGGACGCUUGUGGCCACACCGACACGUAUUUUCCAAAUAAAUCGUUUAUUCUGGCAGCGGCGGAGCCGAACACGUCACUAUAUUUUUAAUUUUCUCAGCAAGCAUUUACUCAACACUUUUAUACAGUGAAACAACUUGUAAACGUUUUGAGCAAGCAUCCGCCUAGUUAGGAAGUCAAGGACUGAGCAACUUGCUUUUGCCACGCCCGUCCUCGACUGUUUUGAAGACUGUCCCAUCUUGUAACUACCAGUGUGCACAGACUCCUAUUCAAGUAACGUCGUGGUCCAGCGAUGCAAAGGACUGAAGUCUCAAGCUGGAAAAGCCUGUGCUGUCUUCAUAAUAGUGCGAAAGAAUUCUAGAUAGGAAGGAAAGAAGGAAGCAAAUGAAGAGAAUAAGAGAAAAGAAGGAACGUCCAAGAUUGAGAAAAACUGCCAGGACUAAGAAGGUAACCCAGAGGAAGCUAUCUUCAGGUCCUGUUUGCCUGCUGUGCCUUCAAGAACCUGGUGAUCCUGAAAAACUAGGAGACUUUCUUCAGAAAAACAGUCUUUGUGUGCACUAUUUCUGUCUUAUCCUAUCUAGCAAGUUGCCUCAGAAGGGCCAACCCAAGAAAGGUCUCCAUGGAUUUAUGCCUGAAGACAUCAAAAAGGAGGCAGCCCGGGCUUCUAAGAAGAUCUGCUUUGUGUGCAAGCAAAAGGGAGCUGCUAUCAAAUGCCAGAACGAGCAGUGUGUCAAAAACUUCCAUCUUCCCUGUGGCCAGGAAAGGGGUUGCCUUUCACAGUUUUUUGGAGAGUACAAAUCAUUUUGUGGAAAACAUCGCCCAACACAGGACAUCCAGCAGGAAGGUCUCGAGGAGGAAAGCUGCGUCUUGUGUUGCGAAGACUUAUCCAGAAUAAGUGUUGAGAAUAUCCAGAGCCCAUGUUGUAAUCAAGCUAUCUACCACAGAAGGUGUAUCCAGAAAUAUGCCCACACGUCAGCCAAGCACUUCUUCAAGUGCCCCCACUGUAACAACCGAGAAGAGUUUCCCCAGGAGAUGCUGAGAAUGGGGAUUCACAUUCCGGACAGAGAUGCUGCCUGGGAACUGGAGCCAGGGGCUUUCUCUGAGCUGUACCAGCGCUAUCAACACUGUGAUGCCCCCAUCUGUCUGUACGAACAAGGCAGGGACAGCUUCGAGGAUGAAGGGCGGUGGCGCCUCAUUCUGUGUGCUACAUGUGGAUCCCAUGGAACCCACCGAGACUGCUCCUCUCUUAGACCUAACAGCAAGAAAUGGGAGUGCAAUGAGUGUUCACUUGCUUCAACCAUGGAUUACAUAUCUGAAGACUUGGGUGACAUCCCCUGAUGUAGCAGUGCCUUCCAUUCCCAGGAGCAUCACUGCAGGGCCAUCAACCUGGAAGAGAAUCCAGACUCUUCCUGGACUGAGUGGCUGCACCCUUCCCUAUUAGAAAAGCCUGAGUCCUCUGGCGGCAGGAGAAGGUGCUCCUGGAGAUCCAAAGGCGUCAGAAUCUCUAAGGGCUGCCAAAAGCCCACGUAACAGCUUCAGAAGAGCUGCUGCUGCUGCCGGGACAGUGUCUGGAGAGGUAGCAUUUGGAAAGCGUGAGACAAAAGGGGCCAGCAGUGAGGUUAGCAGCCAAGUGAAGAGGUCGGGGGAGGCCGAGAGGAGACCUGAGUCUACAUGCCGACAGCUGAGUGUAGGGACUCCUCUGCUCUUUCUCCUCACCUCUUUUCCUCUCUCACCAAGAUUCUUCCCCUCUACAUGGUUCUCAUGUGCCUCUUCCUGCUUCAGCCAUUUGUUAUCCACAAAUAAAGUUGUCUCUCCA